AUGGAAAUCCCCGAAAUCUAUUGUUUCAAAAGCGAGUCCGAUUGGGUCGCAACAUUGCUUUGCCAAAAUCCUCACUUUGUUGCUGAGAAACACACGGCAAUGGCAAUUCCAAUGGCAAUGGCGACACCUACAGAUUCCGUGAGUAGAGUUUUGAGCAUGUCGUCUCUCAGAUCAGCUCUUCCCUCCGCCGCAUCUUGCCGUUUACCUUCCUCGUCUUCUCGCCGUCCGGUCACUCUCCGUCUCCCCGUCUCUUCUCCUUCACCGCUUACUCUCCCGUCUUUCUCUGGUCUCUCCCCGGUUAAUCCCCUAAUCUCAAUCGGACUUCCAGAUUGGCAGAGUUUUGAGAACGGGUUCAAAAUCGUCGAUGGUGGUGGUCGUAUCUACGCCAUGAGACACGGGAGGCGAGUCCCGAAGCUGAACAGACCACCGGACCAGCGGAAAGCUCUCCUCCGUGGACUCACGACGCAGCUGUUGAAGCAUGGACGAAUCAAGACCACUCGAGCCAGAGCCAGUGCGAUGAGGAAGUUCGUGGAUAAGAUGAUAACCAUGGCCAAAGACGGCUCUCUCCACAAGAGAAGGCAAGCUCUGGGAUUUAUCUACGAGAAGCAGAUUGUCCACGCACUGUUCGCCGAGGUUCCGGAUCGUUACGGGGAGAGAAAUGGAGGCUACACGAGGAUCAUCAGAACUCUUCCAAGGCGUGGUGAUAAUGCUCCUAUGGCGUACAUUGAGCUUGUUUAAUCAAAGAGGUUGAAGCCACUAAUGGAAUAUAUGGGUUACAUUAAGUAAAGAAGAAGUGCUUUGAAUGCAAGAUGAACAUGCCAACCAGUUCCUCACCAUCUGCCUACAUUUAUACAUUAUAUGACAGAUUUGCAAAAACCAAAAAAAAAAAUACUUCUAUGACAGUAAUUAGAAUCUGAUGUGAUUUCCUUUGACUUUGUCUUAUGUUCCAAAAGAGUUUUUAAAACUAGUCCUAUGUUGCGUUGACACGUUGAUUUGUAUCGCACGUCGAUUUGUAUUGACUACAACGUGUUAGUGAUUCUGCUGAAUCAAUUUGAAAAUGAAAACAAAAAGCUAACGCCUUUUUUCUUGAUUUUGUUUGUUCUAAAUAAAAAUAAUACAUACACAAAAAGAUAAAACGAUAUCGAAAAACAAAACCCAUCAAAAACGAAGAAGACAAGUGUAGAUCUAUAAAUCAAAGCUUCAGAUUCCGUCCUUCUAGUGAAGACGAUCAGAGCUUAGUUGAAUACUUACAGUGUUGACUCGUGACGUUACGAUUUGGAACAGAGAUGAUGAGAUCGCAGGAAGAAGACGACUGGACUUUAAACUUGAAGAUGUUGAGGACGCUUACUUUGCCGGAGAUCUUGACGAAUGUGUUGAGCGGGAUGACGCCACCCAUGACGUCAGAGAGAAGCUGCGAUUCGGAGAGUAAUCGAUCCGCCAUUAGCGUCAGCGUUAGGUUCAUCGGCUGCGUUUUCUGCGGCGCGAGUCGGCUCGCCGGGAGAGGCGCUUCGCCGAUCAAUUGGCCUCUGUAAUUAAGCAGAGCCGACGAAGGACCGUAGCUGAACCCGACGCGGUUAGGGUUCUUCAGGGAGAGAUCCACGUGGAGCGUUAGGUUCACGACGACCUUGAAAUUCAGCGCGUCGACGGAAGCUCGAAGCCGCUCCACGGUGACGGAAUCUAUGGUUGUGAUUGGUCGUUUGGGUUUGAACAGAGUAAGGGCUAAGACGAGGAUGACUAGAAAGAUGAGGAGGAGGAUGAGGAGAGUGACGCAGAUACAGAUUUUGCGGUUGCGUUUCCGGCCUUUUCUACCGCCGCCGCCGCCGCUACUAGACUGCGUUUCCAUGGAAGCGAUUGUCUUGGGGGCUUCUGGUGGUAACAUGGCUGCUGCUGGCUUCUCCUUUUUAUCAUCAGAAAACCCGCUCAUACUCUUUCUCUCUUGUCUCUGUCUCUCCGCCUUCUUCUCUGUUACGCUUUCUAACUUCUCUUCGCUGUUGUCAAAAAAAAGAAAAUUUUCU